GGGACCCAAAUAGAAAUGAAGACAAAGUCCCGCAUCACUUGCAGACUAGAUUUACUCAAAUGGGAAUCUCUCACUGUCACUCUCCCUCCGUCUCACACUCUCUCUCUCUCUAAAACAAAUGCUGAGCAAGGUGAUCAAAAAGUCAACCACCUGCUAAACACAAAAGAGACCUCUCUCUCUCUCAGAAAAUUGAAUACAAUGGAUCAAAUACAACACAAAUACGUCGACGUGAAUGGUAUGAAGCUCCACGUUGCCGAGAUCGGAACUGGCCCAUCGGUGGUGGUCUUCCUGCACGGCUUCCCGGAGAUAUGGUACAGUUGGCGGCACCAGAUGAUUGCCGUGGCCAAUGCUGGUUUCAGAGCGCUCGCACCCGAUUGCAGAGGGUACGGACUAUCCGAUCCACCGCCCGAACCAGAGAAGUCCUCCUUCUCUGACCUCAUCACCGACCUACUUGCCAUUAUUGAUGCUCUCAGCAUUCCCAAGGUUUUUCUUAUUGGUAAAGAUUUUGGAGCCUGGCCAGCUUAUCAAUUUGCCAUUCUCUACCCAAAGAGGGUCUUGGGAGUUGUGACAUUGGGUAUACCAUGCAUGCCCCCAAGUCCACCUGCAUUUCAUAAACAACUUCCUGAAGGCUUCUACAUUUCAAGAUGGAGGGAACCUGGACGAGCUGAAGCAGAUUUUGGUCGCCUUGAUGUUAAAACGGUUGUGCGGAACAUCUACAUCCUCUUCGCCAAAAGUGAAAUACCAAUAGCAGAGGAAAGCCAGGAGAUCAUGGAUUUGGUGGAACCAUCAACUCCUCUACCCCCUUGGUUCACAGAGGAAGAUCUUGAAGUCUAUGGAGCUUUGUAUGAGAAAUCUGGAUUCCGAACCGCAUUGCAAGUUCCCUAUAGGUCAUUCACUAAAGGAGGGUUUGAAGCACCAGAUCCAAAAGUUGAAGCCCCAGCCCUACUGAUCAUGGGUGAGAAAGAUUAUGUCUUCAAAUUUCCAGGGAUGGAAGAGUACAUAAGGAAUGGACAGGUGAAAGUUUAUGUUCCGAAAUUGGAGAUAACAUACUUGCCUGAAGGAACCCAUUUUGUUCAAGAGCAAUUCCCUGACCAAGUGAAUCAGCUCAUCCUCACCUUCCUCGGUAACCAUAGCUGAUCACAAACCUUUAAGAAAGAUUUUUCAUUGUUGAAGAUUGCUGAAAGGUUGGCUGGGAUUGUGAAAGACUUGGAAAGCAUAAAACCUCCUAUUUACCUUAUGUGAGUAAACAACCGUACUGUACCAUUAUCAGGCAAAGACUGGUUUUGCGUUUCCUCUCCCGCUUGUAAUUGUGUUUCAAGCAAAUAAAUUGUGCUUUUGCGGCCAGAUUCAAGAGAGAAAUGCAUGUAAUAAUGGAUAGAGAUUUAAUUGCAUUUUGCUGGGUGACAAUGGGAUUGAAUUCACUACAAAA